AUGUCCAGCAAUGAGAGCCCCAACGGGGCCGCGACCGUGACGCCUCCUGAUAAUAACUCGUCUGAUGUCGGUGCGCCAUCCCCUCGAGUCCCCGCGACGAACACGCAGUCGGUGUCGGACAAUGCUGGCGUCUCCCCUUCGAGUUCCGAUCCGCAGCCAUCACGCCCAAACCAUGCCGACCAGACUCAACAACAACCCCAGCUUAACCCGCGCAGCUGUGUCACCUGUCGGCGCAGAAAGGUGCGCUGCAACAAAAGAGACCCGUGCUCGAAUUGCGUCAAAGCCGGUAUCGAGUGUGUCUUCCCUGGGCCUGGUCGAGCGCCGCGCAAACCGAGACGGACACCAGACGCUGAGCUGCUUUCUCGACUGAGGCGCCUGGAAGGUGUCGUCGAGAGUCUGGGAGGUGCCGCUGCUAUCGACCGUCUUGCGUCGGCAAAUUCUACCGCACCACCACCGCUUACUGUCCGUGAAAAUAACAACUUGCAGGCAUCCGGGGCGUGCGACGACAUCUUCCAGUCAGAUCAGAACACGGUCCAACGUCGGAAAGAUAUGCACGAGGAGUUUGGGAGACUUGUCAUCGAUGAAGGACGGAGUCAAUAUGUGAGCAAUAGGUUCUGGGCAAGCGUUGGAGAUCAGAUCGAAGAACUACAGGACAUCUUAGAUCCCCCAUCGCCGGACACGGACGAUUAUCCGUCACCGGGAGACUCGAUCAACUCGGGCAGUCAGAGCCACGAUGCCUUUCUAUUUGGCUAUCGGUCUGUCGCUCACACCCUCCGCAACUAUCAUCCGACCCCUACGCAGCUCUUUGUUCUGUGGAAGACUUAUGAGCAUAACGUUGCACCAUUGGUGACCGUGCUACAUAAACCCACUAUUAGGAACAUACUCGUCGACGCAUCCGCGAAUCCCGACUCUCUGGAUAAGAACACGGAAGCCCUGGCCUUUUCCGUUUAUUUGGCUGCAGUGAUCAGUAUGACUCAUGAACAGUGCGUGUCGGAACUAGGCGAAGAGCGGGAGGCGGCGAUCAGUCGCUACCGAUUUGCUACCGAGCAGGGGCUCGCGAGAGCCAAUCUCCUCAACUCUCAGAAUUUGACGUUGAUCCAAGCUGCUAUUCUCUUUCUCACGUGUAUCCGCCGGCAGGAUGACACGAGAUUUGUAUGGACUUUGUCUGCGGUUGUUCUUCGCCUUGCAACUGGACUGGGUUUGCAUCGAGACGGGACCAACUUUGGGCUGAGCCCUUUUGAAACCGAGAUGCGCCGUCGGGCCUGGUGGCACAUCUGUAUCCUAGACCUGCGAGCUGCCGAGGAUCAUGGCACAGAUCCGAUGAUCAACGAUGUGAUGUACGACACGCGGCUUCCGCUGAAUAUCAACGACGAUGAUAUCGGUCCGGACACGAAAACACCGCCACCGGAGCGGGAGGGAUGCACUGACAUGACCUUCUCUCUCAUCCGUUGCGAAGUCACACUGGUGUAUCGACGUCUGACAUACGCCCCUCCUGGGACGGCCUGUCCACUACCACAGACGCUGGAGGAGCGUGACAAGAUGGUCGAACGACUGAAUAAUCGAUUGAAUGAGAGAUACAUCCGGCAUUGUGACAUGAGUAUCCCUCUUCAAUGGGCGUGUGCUACAGUGGCACGACUCAUUGUGGCUAAGCUGUGGUUGAUUGUCCAUCACCCGCUGGCCAAGAAUGAGAAAAUACCGGCUCUGUCUCAGGAGGCCCGGAAUCGGCUUCUCCUGACAUCGAUCGAGAUCCUCGAGUUCUCCCAUCUGCUUAAGACUAAUGAGAAUACGGCCCGAUGGGGCUGGCUUUUCAGGACCCAUAUUCAGUGGCACGCGGUCGCCUUUGUGCUGGCGGAACUCUGUGUUCGCCCACUGUGCCCGGGCGUGGAUCGUGCCUGGGCCGCGGUGAACUCGGUUUUCAACGAUUGGGAGCAGCAGGCCACGCAGAAGAAGGGGAUGCUCUGGCGUCCUUUGAACCGACUCAUGCAGCGGGCCAAGGAGUUCCGGAAGAAGCAGCAAGAGGAAUUGCGACAAAAGUACGGAACGAAUCCCGUACCUUCGUCAGGUCCAAAGUCUGGAUUUGGGAGUGUCGUUAGCAUGCCCCAGUUCUCAUCUCUGUCACAACCGAACUCAUCGGCGGCAGUGCUUUCGCAGACUCCUGUCGUGGAUGCACCGGCGAGCACGCAGAGUACCGGAACCAAGGGCAUCGAUAU